AUGAAGUGCAUCGCGAUUGCUACCGCCGUUGCGGCCUUUGCCAACGUUGCGCAAGCCCACUACAUCUUCCAAACUCUUACUGCCAAUGGUGCCAAGGGUGCUCUUUUCCAGAACAUUCGCCCCGUCCCUAACAACAGCCCUGUUACCGACCUUGCGGAUAAGAACUUGAGGUGUAAUGCAGGAGGUAACUCAGGUAGCGGCACCACAACCGUCUCGGUAGCUGCUGGCUCCACCGUCUCGUUCACCGCAGACCAAGCGGUCUACCACCAGGGACCUGUUACUUUCUACAUGACAAAGGUCGACUCUGCAGCUGCCGCAGAUGGAUCCAGCGACUGGUUCAAGAUCAAGGAGAUCGGCCCCACCUUCUCUGGCGGCCAGGCUAGUUGGGACAUGAGUGCUACUUACUCUACGACCAUUCCUUCGCAGAUCCCUGCCGGAGACUACCUGCUCCGCAUCGAGCAGCUCGGUAUUCAUAACCCUGGUAGCCCGCCUCAAUUCUACAUCUCGUGCGCUCAAGUGAAGGUCACCGGCGGCGGCUCUGGAAAGCCCUCUCCUACCACCAAGAUCCCCGGCCACGUCAAGAGCACCGACUCUGGUUACACUGCGAACAUCUACAACAACUUCAAGUCCUACGUUGUUCCUGGACCCAAGGUCGCUACAUACUAG